AUGCCACCACGACCGACCAUGACGGGCUACGAGAGGAUCGCCCAGGCCGACCAGUACAGCGACUCGGACGACGACGAUCCGCUCGGCCGAAGCUUCGCCUCCCUACAGCACCCUGCGGCGCCCCGUCAUGCGCCUGUCGGCCAGCCGAGGCCGCACAGCGGCAUGGCCUCGCCAAAGCCGCAUGGCGGCCGGCCAUUUCACAGCCACAGCUACAAUAACGGAAUUGGCGGCGGCGGCGGCGGCGGCGGCAGGCGCGGCGGCGGGCGGAGACGCAGCAAUUCGGGCGUGGACCUCAAAGCCAUCAAUGCGCGGCUCGAGCGCUGGGCCGACGAGAUCGCAUCCAAGUUCAAGCGGCACCGCGGCAAAAAAGGGGGCGCCGACGAGGAGGAGCGCCUCGAGAUCCACCACUCGGUCUUCCAGGCGCCAGAAGGGGUCCGCCCCGCAACGGCUGAGUCGCUCGCCGACCCGACAGCCCACGGCGGCAGUCCCGACAUGUCGCCCGAGGAGUUCGAGGCCGUCGUCGAGAGCGUCCGCGUCGCCAUCGAGCAAGGGGUCCACCCGCGCAUGAUCACGCAGGGCAGCUCCGGCAGCUACUUUGCCAGGAACCCCGAGGGCAAGGUCGUUGGCGUCUUCAAGCCCAAGGACGAGGAGCCCUACGCGGCCGGAAACCCAAAAUGGAACAAGUGGAUACACCGAAACCUAUUCCCUUGCUGUUUCGGAAGGGCCUGUUUGAUUCCAAACCUGUCAUACGUCAGCGAGGCCGCCGCAUACGUGCUUGACUGCCAGCUGCGCACCCACCUGGUGCCAUACACCGACGUCGUCCAUCUCUCGUCCAAAUCCUUCCACUACCCGUUCUGGGACCGCUACGCAUACGGACGCAACAGGAAGCCGCUGCCGUCGAAGCCCGGCAGCUUCCAGGUGUUUCUCAAGGGCUUCAAGGAUGCUAACAUCUUUCUUCGGGAGCACCCCUGGCCGGACCAGUACCUGUCGGGUUUCCGCACCACCGAUUCGCAUAGGAACCGGAGGAAGGGGUGGGCAAACAGCUGCAAGCCGUCUGGCGACCCGGCCGACGGUGGUGAUGACGAGAGCGACGGUGAGGCUGAGGGGAGCGGCGGCAGUCGAGCCAGUCCAAGGCUCGGGCCUGGAAACUUUGGCUGGACAGAGUCGCUCAAGCAAUCGUUCAGGGAGGAGCUCGAGAAGCUGGUUAUUCUCGACUACAUCAUGCGGAACACGGACAGGGGCCUCGACAACUGGAUGAUCAAGGUUGACUGGGAGACGGAGGAGGUUUCGAUCGCGUCUGAGCCUCUCCACCUGCAGAUGGAGAACGGCCGGAGUAGUGACAGGCCAGAGGCGCCACGGUCCGUGGACCUGUCGCAGAGGAAACCGGCAGAGAGGCGGGCUUCCUACCCGUACCGGAAACAGCAGCCCAUGGACGCAUCCAAUUCGUCAUCCAGGGCCGCCCCGGACCCCAAAAUAUCUAUUGGUGCAAUAGACAACUCGCUAUCCUGGCCGUGGAAACACCCAGAUGCGUGGAGGAGCUUCCCGUUCGGUUGGCUGUUUCUGCCAGUAGACUUGAUCGGCCGGCCGUUCUCACAACGGACGCGUGAUCACUUCCUACCGCUGCUGACGUCGACAGCCUGGUGGUCGCAGACUCAGCUGGCACUGCGCCGCGUGUUUCAGCUCGAUCCAGACUUUCAAGAGCGCAUGUUCGCUCGCCAGAUCGCUGUCAUGAAGGGCCAGGCCUGGAACGUUGUGGAGACGCUAAAGACCGCUGACCACGGACCGCUCGAGCUGACACGCCGCGCGAAGGUCUGUGUGUGGGACGACCUAGUUGACGUUCCCGUUGCCGUACCCAUGCGCGUUGCCAGCUCCGAGAUGCGCCGUCGGAACGAUCCGGAUAAUCAGCUCUACUCAGCCGAAGCGGUCCUGGAGGAAGAGAUGGAUAUUGGAGCCGCGAACUCCUCAUCGGCCAAUGCCGGGUCCUCAUCAGCCAGCCACCAGGUUGACCUACUUGGUCUCGCCAGUCCGCCAGCUGACCUCCCGCAUCCCGGGCGCUUCGAGCUGUCGCUCAACAACACGGAGGACGCGGUUGAGAGUGAGGCGGUCAUGUCGUCACCUGAGCCGACGCCCGGGCUGGCAACAUCAGAGGAGGAGUCCCAGCAGAAGCGUCCGGCAUUCUCGCGGCGGGGUGGGAGUGCCAACAGCUAUCACCAACCCCCCGCCCGGUCGCUAAACAUGUACACGCCGCACCACGAGCGCCGCUUCUCGUUCGCGACAGCGGCGGGGCGCCGCAACAGCAACAGCAUCGCGCAGCACCUGUACGGCCCCGGCGAAAUGGGCGGCGGGAGCGGCUCGGGCGCCGCCGCCGCCGGAGCCAGGAGGUCACAGGACUCGCACGGAUCGUACCACUACGAGGACGACAUGGAUGGAGACCUCGGGUACGCCGCGGCCGAGGGCAUGGAAGGGAACCGGCGCAAGGUCAUUGUCGAGAGGUUGGAGCCGGUCAAGACGAAGAACCCCGUAUUUACGUGGUGCUGA